AUGACUCGAAUCGAUGUUUCGAAUCCUCAGUUCAACCAAAACACCUAUUGGGGUCGAGCGCGCCAUUUCUUCGCCACAACCAAUCCUCUGAAUCUGUUGGUCUCUUCCAAGGCUUUGGAAGAAUCGCGACAAAUCGUUGUCUAUGACUCGGCUUUUCAUCCCGAAACCGACCAAAAGAUGUUAAUCGUCGGUCGAAUGUCAGCUCAAGUGCCGAUGAAUAUGGCAAUCACUGGAUGCAUGCUUUCGUACUAUCGGUCGACUCCUGCGGUUGUCUUCUGGCAAUGGUUYAAUCAGUCCUUCAAUGCUGUCGUCAAUUACACCAAUCGAUCGGGAAAAGACCCUCUUCCGCUUUCACAAACUCUGACUUCUUACUUGACGGCCACUUCUGGAGCCCUAAUAACUGCUCUUUCUCUGAACCGAUUGGCCGCUCGCGCGCCUCCACUCGUCGGUCGUUUCGUUCCAUUCGCCGCCGUUUCGGCCGCCAAUUGUGUAAACAUUCCUCUGAUGCGUUCCAAAGAACUUCGCGAAGGAAUUCUUGUUUUUGAUUCCAACGGACAGGAAAUCGGAAAAAGCAAAAUCGCGGCCAAACUGGCCAUAACUCAAGUCGUCAUUUCGCGCAUAGCAAUGGCCGCUCCGGGCAUGACUUUGCCUCCUAUUCUGAUGGACGCUCUCGAGAAACGCGGUGUUUUGGGACGAAUGCCUUGGAUCGCGGCGCCGCUUCAGGUCGCGCUUUGCGGUGUUUUUCUGACUUUCACGACUCCGAUGUGUUGCGCUCUUUUCCCGCAAACGGCUUCCGUGGCCAUUUCGCGAUUAGAACCCGAACUUCAAUCGCUGACCAAUUGUUCGGCAAUUGUUAAUUACAAUAAAGGACUUUGA